AUGGCUGCCAUGGAUUGGCUUAUAUUGGAAGACGGCAGCUUGUCGAUUGGGGAGAAAACUAGAGGAAUUUCUUAUCACCCAAAAUUAAAUACUCUUUUGGUAGUAACCGAAGAUUCAAGUCUUCAAGUUUUGGACGUUAAUACCGGUGUCAUUCUUCAAAAGUCAACACUAUGUGCUGAUCCAGGAUCCUCCGUGGAAUGCAAGUAUCUAAAUGAGGUAGAACAAGUACUCUUCAAGUCGGACACUGUCAUCGGCUUGCGAAAAGACAUUAGCGGUGUUCUCCUACUCGAUUCGGCGCUACAGGCUCCAGUUAGUAAAACCGAUGACUUUGUUGUAGUCGAACUUACCCAUUCUGAGGCUAUUCAGCUGUUAGCCUGCUUGAAGAAAGUGGCUUUACCCAGCCAGGAAUACUUAGAAGAGGUUAGAGAUGGCCUACAGAUGGGUAUUAUGGGAUGCAAAGGGGCUGCGGAUCAUAGCAACCACAAAGUGGCCAAGUGGGCAACCGUCAAGAUGAACCUUCCCCAUGUUGCGAUCCGUUCGGUCUGCAGUAGCCUAGUCUCUGCUCCGCAGAACACUAAUAAACCCGGACUGUCAAUAGCAUCAGCUAUACUUGAUCGCCUCGAUUCCCUUUACUCCGCAAAUCAGCCAGAGUUUACCCCUGUAGGAUCAACGCGCACGGUUGACCGCUCACUCAUGUACACAGAGGCAGCACGGAGGAAUACGUUCUCAGCAUGGCCUCACAUGGAUUAUAAAUGGGCUCUGCCUGAUGCCAUGGCCCAAGCAGGUUUCUACCAUGGACCCACUACUCCGGGAGAUGAUAGAGCAUUAUGCUUUACCUGUAGUGUGUGCUUAGUAUGCUGGGAACCAACAGAUGAACCUUGGUCUGAGCAUGAGAGGCACUCACCAAACUGCCCCCAUGUCAGAGGAGAACACACCCAAAAUGUCCCCCUAGCAGCCACCCUAGCUGCUGGACCUGCACAAGCACACGGUAGCAAAUCAAACCAUAUAUGUUGCCUAAGUUCUAUUACAAGCAAACGUUAUAUCGCUACGGCAACUGAGAAUGGCAGUAUUAGUUUAUGGGAUGUUAGUAGGCAACUUGCAGUGUGCAGUCAAUUUACAGUUAAGUUAGCUAGUGAGGAACGCAAGGCCAAGUUAAGAAAAACCUCAAAAACUGCUGUGAAGGAAGCAUGGGCAGAAGAGGGUACAAGUGCUAAACAAAAAGUACCAGAAGAUUUAGAAGAACCUAAUCAGAAAGAUAAUAUUGAAAAAGAUGAAGGGUACGGAACAAUUAGUGAUCUACCAGGAUCAUCCUGGACCAGCACACAAGAUUCAACCUAUGAUAUAUGUGAAAAUGUCCAUGUGACAGCUUUACAUGUCAUUGAUGGUGAAAGUUUACUCAAGGGGGGAAACAUUGCUGCAGUCAAUGGGGAAAAACGUGCUGAAUCAGCCCAAGGUUGCCAGGAAAAUAAAAACUUUUGUUAUAUUUUUGUUGGAAUUCGGGCUUCUUUGCCAGAAAAAUCUGACGGUUUAAUAAGUGAUGCGAUAUCAAUGUUUGGUUUGAAGGAAAAAAGAUCUCAUAAGUCUAUAUUGGCGAUAUAUUCAACUUCACAGAGGAAGAUUGAGGAGACAAAAUCUCCAAAGGAAUCCAAAACAAAAUCUAAGCCUGCUCUAUCGGAGACUGGAAAAUCUGGGGGUGUAUCAACCUUAUCUGAAUUACUUAUGCCACAGGUUAUGUCUCUUGAUGAACAGGAGUUGAAUUAUGUUGAAAUUCCAUUAUCGCUGCCUCCAGUGGAUACCCUAGACCCUGUUGAUGACCCCACCAGCCAGGAUAGUGCAAUGAAGGAAGGCUUUCAAAAUAUAACUAAAUUUAUUAUGUCUAUCCGGUUACCCUCGCAUAUAGAUAAUGAAAAUUUAUAUGUAUCCUCAGUGUUUUCAAGUAUAGAUCAUAACUCUAUUGUUGUUAUCAUGUCCCCUGUUGACUGUUUACCUGUUGUUAAGAAGAAUGACAAUAGUUCCAAGUGCAAUGUAAGAGUCGAAAUUGACAAGGAUGUUUCAAAAUCUAAUGGUCUUAGUAAAAAUCACAGUGACAAAGAUCAUUCAUUAGGUUUUGAUGAUGCUGAUUUUAAUGGAGAAGAUGUUUGCGAUAAACCUAGCGUUAGUAAUGAAUUUGGUGUGGCAAUUAACGAAGAUGCAGCUUACGGUGGAGAAGAUGAGGUUGACUUUGGGAAGCCAAUGGGAGAAAAAAAUACCAAACCAUACGGUGGUUACAUUUUAGUUUAUACGAUCUGUUCUGAUGAACAUGGAAGAAUAGAGAAGUUGAGAUUGCAAAAAUCCUUCAUUAUUGAGGAUCCAACCCGUAGUGUUAGUGAUAUUAUUUUGCUUCCGUUAGAAUCUAGUGAUACAAACGGUGACAAGAAUGAAGACGUAACCGAUGCUGCAAAUCUACGUGAUAGUUCUGUUUCAACGAAAAGCAAUGGCACAGAAUUAUCUUAUGGCUUAGAUGAAGUGGACGGUGGUAUUACACAGAACCUUGGCCAGUUUGCUGCCUUGACAAAAGAGGGCGGUGUAAUAUUCAUGGACAUAGCGACAUGUAGUACUCUUGCCUACAUCCCGCCUUCAAUAACGGACGUAGGUGGCAAAGAUGGGCAUGAGAAACAAGUGGACAAGUUUGCCGCCCUCACCUAUUGUUCUGGAAUGGAGAGGAUAAGUGUUUGUACGGAAUCUGGUGAACUGCGAUUUUUACAAUUGCUGCAACGUUCGGCUACAAACCAGUCUGCUAAGGAUGAUAUUGAAUGUGAUGCUGGCUUUUCAGUGACAACGCCAGCUGAUCAAGACGAGGUCUUCAUUCAAUCUGCUGAGUGCCUUGUCAACCAACCAAUCACAGCUGACAGUUUAAAGCAACUGACCGAGUUAACUAAGUUUGAAACUCUAAUUCCCCGUUUCUCGGCAACGGUACCUCCUUGUUGGACGGAGAUACAACAGGAGCAGCAGCAGCGGCGUCAUCCUCAACAUCUUCAUCAAAAACACCAUGGUGAUGCGACGCAACACACACGCACAUGGAAAUUGGCUGCCACAGGGGCCAAUGAGCAUCUCUUCGAGCUUGUUCUACCAAAACCCAGCAUCAUAGGACACAUCGAUGUGAAGCUCAACUUCCAGCACUUUUGUGAUCGGGUACCUGGAAUUCAAAUUACGUUGCUGAAACAAACAAGUCAGCAUGGUAUUGGUAAGGACCCUACACCAGUUGACACCCUGAUAGACUUCAGUAUGGAUAUGUUGUUCUCUGAUGGCAAGGACAGUUCCAAGGACCCGUCAAACGCCACCUCGUCCCUAAACAUGCUCCUUGGUGAUGUCGAGAAAGAUUCAGAAAGAUUGAAAUCCGUAUUCCUCGAGAACCACAAGAAUGACAUUAUCUGUGGCCCACUUUCGUUAGAUUCGGCAAUCGACGUGCCAGGAUGCAGCGGACUUGUGACGCUCACGAGUCACGAGUUACUUAAAUCUAAAUAUCGCUCUUUCUUGCUUCAUAUAUGUAACAGCGAACCGUUGAAAACAGAAUCCAGCAGGUCCACUAGAAUGAAUAGAAAAGAUCCUCCAUUUAUACUGACAAUGUUCCAGAACCCCCCACCUGUGACACCCUCAGAGCAAAUCUCAGCUUUUGCCUUCACCAAAGACUUGGACAGAAUACAGGGCUGUGAUUGGAUACAGGAAAUAUCAGUCACGAUAAGGAAAACCAAGCGUCCUCCUUGCGUAUAUAAUGAUAGGGUUCAAAGAUUGGCCAUGCUGGAAUCAUCCAGUUUCCAUAGAAAAAUAGUAAAUAUAUUAAUUGGUUCCAAGUCGAGUAUUGUCUGCGGCAGUAAGGAGUUCACACGCAGUCUAGCACUUGAUAUACUCUGUUGGGUGGCUGGCGUCCAAGUAUCCGAACCAAAUCGGACAUCUUCAUCUAUAGUUGACGCAGUACAAAGGGAAAUGCGGGAUAUUGUACGCGUCUGUUUCUUGGAGUCUGGUCGAAGCAUUGCCCAUCGUUGUAGCCAGCUGUUUAUGCUGUGUAUAGGAUGCACUAAAAACCAAGGCAAGGAGGCCAUGGCAGCUUUCCAUGACACCAUGUUGCAGGGACUUCUUAAGUGGGUACCAAGCAUUCUUAACACCACUUCUGCCGGCUCUCUCCAUUGGUUCUUCUUAUUGCUUAACCUUGUAAAGUCUGGAGACUUGGAGUCUACUAGUGAAACCUGUGCAUCAUUUCUGAAUGCUGUUGCUAAGCAACUGCAAGAGAAAAUGUUACCUCAACAUGCAUUGCUAAGGGCAAAAUAUGGACUUCACGGUACCCCGUUGGACCCUGUUAUGUACGAUGGGCCGGCAAUAUUCCUACCAGCUAAGACCAGCGUAACAUCCUCUGCCAGCACGAUCCAACAACCCAUGAACACAUUUGCACCCCCACUCCCAGCAACCUCCACAAAUUUUCAACAAAGCUUGGGAAGCGAUGGGAAGACCCUCGGAGAAAAUGGAAAGGGAAAUGGAAACGGGAAUGGGGAGUUAGUUCCCGCUCCAGGUGGAGUUAUGAUGAAGGGUAUCCUGGAAGUGGAGCCUCUACACUUUGUCUGUUGUGCUACGAGUGAUGGUACACAGGUCAAAAAGACUGGAGUUGAAGGAGUGCCAGUUGCAACUCUUCAUGCUGGGGGUAUGAACGUGAACGAAUCCAGUGCCGGGGGACCAGCGGCAGCAGCCGCCCUAUCGGCCUUGUCGAAUGCCAUGACUUCGGCUGAACAACAACUGCAGGUAUUGCAACACAGAACUCAGAUGCUUGUUAAGCUACAGCAGCGAAAACAAAAACUUGCUCAGAAAUUGCAGUAUGCCUCCUCUCUGGGCCAUCCAAAUGCAGAGAGUUUGUACACCAAUCAGCCUAAAACAAAUAGCUCUAGCCACUCUUGGGCCCAGUUAUCGUUAGAGCCUACGCCUGGCCCCUCAUGGUAUCUAAGCCCUGGCAAGAGCUUUGCCCAGGCUAUAACGCAUGGCCCAGCAGGCAAGAAUGGAAAUAAUAGUGGUGGAACUACCAAAUCUCCCCCGAAUGGUGGUCAAAGCACCAAAUCUGCCAGCACUGUCUGCGUGCAGAGCUUGAUUCAACCGCCGCAACCCCACCUGCUGGUCAUUGAUAGAAUGCAUUCAGGGGCAAGACGUUAUGUAACUCUUGAUUUUGGUCGGCCAAUCCUUCUGACGGAUGUCUUUAUUCCAUCUUGUACUGAGCUGGCAUCCCUCUCAAUUGAUUUGUGGUCACAAGGCGAAGAGAUCGAUGGUCAAAGAUUAGUGGUUUCAAUGGACAUUAGCAAAAGAGACUUGACCAUGAAUGACCUCCUACCUCCACCCCUUUGUAGAUAUGUUAAGAUUACUGUGAUUGGUCGAUAUGGCCGUAAUACAGUUAGAACGAAAAUACCAAUUGGUUGCUUCUACGGACAUUCAUUUGUGUUUCCAUGGGAGCAAGAACACCAUGUAUCAGGGAUGCAGUUGUCAGCUUCAAGCUCAUUGGAUGAAACAGUUUCCGUCGAACAAUACGCACAGUCAGUUACCAUGCUACAGGAAGACAUUCACUGUCGGUAUCGACUAGCAUGCGAUCGCCUUGAACAUCUUCUGGAUGAGGCACAUCGUGCAUUUCAAAGUCCGAGCCAGGCGACACGCAAAGAGGAUAAGAACGGGAUGUCAACCAAGAUGCGAAAAGCCUACAUGGAGUGUAUCCAACUGCAGAACCAGCUGAAUCUCGUUCAGAGAGUUAUACACAGGCUGAAACAGGUUAAUCAAGAAGAUGACUUCAAGCUGGAGAUUCUGGACAAGGAGUCGUCUGUCAGAGCUGCCUCCGCAGACCAACUAAGAGUUGUCGCUGAGUAUCUUGUAGGAUGUCUCAUCAGCAUAACAUCAAUUAACUCGAGUCCUGCGACAUUAACACGUAUUAUGGGCAUGGACAGCUGUAAAGCGCUGUUCAAGAAUCUGAUAAUGUGCGGAACACCACGUUUACAGACCUGUACUGGUGCAUUGUUGCUGCGUGUUUGUCGAUCUCAGGUAUGGUGGGGAGAGUUCCUGGCUACCUCCUUGGAAGAACUAUUUAAUUCUGAACAAACAGAGGUGUUCCCUCAAGAAAGAGUAUUUGUGCUUUUAGCUCUGAUGGGUCACCGCUCCAUCAUGUCGGGGAACAUGGGUGUUUUAGAAAAUUUUCUCAGCCUCCUCGCAAAGCUGCUCUCGCCACUGCAAAAUACACAAGCAUACUACAGAAGUUGCACAGGCAAUCUGGAUCUGCCGUUGAUUGGAUGGGUACUACUUUUUCUGUCGCGUACCCUUGAACAAGCAGCACCCCCAGUGAUAGAAACACAAACGGAAGAGGAUGAGAAUGGCAAUGAUGUGGGAGCUACCAAAGAAGAUAAGAAAUCCAAACAUAAAGCUGGUAGUCGAUGGGACUUUAUUAACUCAGAUUUGACAACCACUGAAGUACCAAAAGCUCAGCGGGGCUCUGUAAAUCAGGCUCAGCGACAGAGGCUAGCCAAGCAGAUGAAAAUGCAUGAGGAACAGAUCAAACAGUUAGAGACCAAGCAUAAAGCUAUACAAACUAUGUUGGUAGAAGAAGGCAAGGACAAAGAUCCACUUGUUCUGCAGAAAGUGUUUAAGGAAUACAAACAACAUAAAUCUAAGCACUCCAAAGAUUUGCUAAGAAUUCGACGCCUAGCCUACCAGGAGCUGCACCAGAAGAAAGACAGUAAGGGGGAUGAUGAGACCACCGAGCAGCCAACAGAAUUUGUCCAUGCUCAGAUCCGGCUACCGAGAGAACAGUGCAUACCUGUUGUUCAGGGACUCACUCAGCUACUACUAGCCAUGGAUUUCACAUGCCAUGUGGAUCUAUUCCUAGUCGCAUGCAAGGUUCUUGCACGAAUCUGCAACUCGACCAGACCAGCAAUCACACUUGCCGAGGUCAUGACACAACAGCAGCUUCAGCAACUUUUAAUGUUGUGUGUAGGGUCAAAGUUCAACUGUGGGUCUUCCUCUUGGGGUGGACCUUGGGCAUCCCAUGCCAUCAUUUGUCUUCUGCAGGAUGUCUUAGAAGGUGAACUCAUGCACCCAGUUAUAGAAUCAACAAGUCAAGGAGCCUAUGGAGAAGAAAGGCUGGAAGUCGAUUCAGAUCUUACCAGUGAUGCUGCUCCGGAGAUAGAAGUAGCAGGAGCUACUGGAGGAGCUGAUGAAAAUGGAACAUCAGGGAAUUUGUUUGAUGUCAUUGGAGAUGCAGUAGCAUCGCAUUUUCCAACUCUGUCCUCUACACCUGAAGAAAGUUUAUUGGUACAUUCUACACAACAGCCAAGUUUUAUAUCAGAUCCAUUAGAUAUAGGUUACCCAUUACCAGAUGAGGCAGAAGACUACUGCUUUGGCUCAACCAAGUACUACAGUUUAUGGGAAGAUGGGUAUUCCAUGAAAAGCCCUAAGCUCAGCGGUAAAUACUUGCCUUCGAAGGUUAUUGCGACCUCAAGUUCUGGUCGGAUAUUAUAUCAGUCUAUGAAUGGAAAUGGAAAUGGAAAAGGACCUGGAUCGGGAGCCUUACAGAAUGUGUCGCUUGCAAUGGAUGCUAGGUUAGAGCUAGGCCUUCAGAUGCAGGCAGAAUGGUUCUUGAAGAUAUCUUCUUUGACUGAUGUAAGUGCUGUUAGUCAAGCACAGACAAACUGCAUGCCUUCGCAACCUGGACAAUGCUCUGUAGAUUUAAGUGACUCUUUGGACAGCAGUAGCAUUGAGUCCCCACUGCCAACGAUCUCUUCAACUCAGAUGUUAACUGUUUGUUUCAAUCAACUUUUCGGAGAUCUACAGAGUCAGCGUAUCAACAUGGAGGCAUUGCUUCAGCUGUGGCUUACACUAAACAUCAAUGCUGCAACAGCUUUAGAACUUAAGCAAGAAUCUAAGAAAUUCAAUGCUAGUCUGGUGCCAACAAUCACUCUCUCACAAGAGUCAAUGUCACACAUAUUGGCAUGUCUGGCAAGGCAACCAAACACACCUCUGCAGACUUGGUGCUUAACAUUCCAAUCGCUCUGUUGUCUUGCUAAUUCUAGAUCUCAGGAUACUGAAGAGGUCGUGGAAGCAGUUUGGAUGGCCAAUGCGAUGGUUGAAGAUCCAAACCUGUUGUGCACCCUUGUUCAAUUCUUCUCGGGAAACAUCACACAGUUAGGAGAAAACACCAUUCAAGGCCAAGCUGGCCCUUCAGUAGUUCAGGCUGUAAAAGACUUCUUAGUCAGACUUGAGAUGAGAGUGACAACCUCUCCAGAACCACAUACCAACACCUUCAAAACUCUCCUAUUGGAUCUUCUACAAAUAUUGGUUGUAGAACCCAGGGGUGCGUUUCAGGUUGGAACAGGCCCUCUAGAUGCUCAAAUAUUUUUGCUAGAAUGCAUCCUAGAACAACAAUUCCACUCUGUUGAUGUUUCUAAAACCGUCAACUUGAUAGAUGCCAUCAUUCUACUGGUGCAUAACCACCUGUCUGCUGCACAACAGGUCACCAGUCACUGUGCCUCAACCAGUACUCUGAGUGCUCGAGCCUGCUUCACUGGCCUCUUUGCCAGCAUGUUGAGAGCUGUAGAAUCCAAAUCGACAGAAGGUGGAGUUGGUCGUGAUGAUUUAAUGUGCUACUUACUAAGACUUGUUAAUAGUUUGGUAGGAGUCCCCAUUGGAACAGUUGAAGUUCCUCUUAGUGAUUCUAAUAUUCCUGACAAUCAUAAAUCAAACACUCCAGAAUCGGAGAACUCUAAUUUAGAACCAAUGACAGAUUCCAGUAAGAUCAAUGCCGCCCAACAGCAACAGGAUCAGCCACAAGGUGCUUCUGGUACUUCUUUUUUUUGCAUCAGUGAUGAAGAAAAACAGCGAACAGGAGAAGGCUCAGAGCUGCCAUUGAACACCAGUGCAAUUAGCGAUGAAGAGAAAUCCUCUGCAUCAACCUCAAGUUCUGUACCGGCUACUACUGAAUGCACCAAAUAUAUCGCUGACAUAAUUCUCUCGCAAUCAAGAACAGUAACCCUGCUGCUGUCUGCGCUAAGCCACUGCAACAGCAACACAAUGGCAAUGAUCAUUGGGAGUAGUGGCUUUAGCCAGAUCACCACAGAAUCGUUAUCAGCUGGUGAAUCCGUUUCUGUUGGUGAUAACAUCUUCCAGGUUCUCUGCACACUGAAUACAAAGGCCACGGUGGUAGACUUGAUCUUGAAGAAUAUCUUGUCAUACAUCAGUGCUGGAGCAGAAAGAGGUCGUCUCCCGGCCACAGCUGCACCCCUUUCAGAACCGCUUUUGUGGUUUAUUCUCAGAGCUCUUAGUACAGACAAAGCUUUGGAAGCCUUUCAUAACAUGGGUGGAAUACAAUUAAUCUGUAGAAAUCUAGUAUGCAGUAAUCAAACAGUAAUUGACACAACGCCAAGUGCUAUAUCCAGUAUUAUGCAGCGUCUCGGUGUCACGAGCAAAACUAAUGGGGGCGCUGUUUCAACUUCAACUUCCAUUCCAAAAUCAAGAGCCUUCUCUACAGAAACUGAAACCAUUGAUGGCUUGUAUAAUUUUGCUCCUCAUGGAACAAUAUCCUCCACUAGUCCAACAGCUCAACCGGCCGAGGUGUUGAUACAACCCCAGGCCCCCCACCGUAGAGCUCGAUCACCGGCCUGGUCGUAUCACUUCUACCCUGAUGAGUCCUGGUGCGACCUCACCAUCACAUUACCCGGGGCAGUACUCAUCAAGGAAAUUCACAUCCAACCUCACCUUGCAUCGUUAGCAACAUGUCCAUCAGCUGUAGCCAUUGAGCUGAGUCGAGAUGGUUACACUUCAGUGCCCAUCAGUUCUCCCAUAUCUACUGGUGGUGUGACGUACAUAAAGCUUCAACUACAAAAGCCGGAGAUUACACGAUCAGUGUGUCUGAAACUGCACCGGCCGCGGGAUUCCAGCACAAUUGGUCUCUCUCAGAUCAUGCUACUGGGCUUAAGUGCUUUCUCUAAUAUGUCUUCAGUUCAGAACCCGUUCCUACCAACGGAAGAUGCAGCAUCAAAAUCCAGUAUUGGCUGGCUGAGGUUACUUCAUCAUUGUCUAACCCAAUCAUCUUCAUUGGAAUCAAUGAUGUCCAGUGCGGCGUCCACGUCCACCCCACACCUACUUACCACCUGCAUGGCUCUACUCUUGUCCCGGCACUCGCUUGUCCAUGCAUCUAACAUUGAGGUGGUCCUGCUCAGGAUUGGCCUCCACUCUACUGAGUUAGGCCUCUCGCUGUUUGAUAUACUGCUCCGAAAUCUCUACUUGAGUGAUGAUGAUGGACAGACACCAUUGUUGUUAGGAAGAGGACAUGGAGGAUCAUCUGAUUCAACUGUUGAGAUCAUUUACCAACUUGGGAUGACACAAGACCAAGGAACCAAGGAGAGAGUACAAGCGUUGCUGGAGUGGCUCGGUGACACAGCACGAGUUGCCCUUCACAAGCAUAGCACGUACCAACGUGCCCCUCAUACACUCUCCCCACUGGAAGUUGGUCUUCUGGUGCCCUCGCCAGCCCACAUCCACUGCGUUGCAACCAUCAUCUGGAGCAGUUUUGAACUGCCAGUUCACUAUGACCUUCAAUCUCUGUUAACACAAGAGUUAUUCAGCUCAAUUUAUGAAUGGUCCAUGGUUUUACCCUCCAGUAGCACUUUGAAGAAGGCAGCAGAUUUUGUUUUGUGCGCUAUGUGUUAUGUACAGCCUUCCUUCUUCACAUCCAUGAUGGAGUGGAUGGGUGUUGUGCAUGACACCAGCUUAGACAUGGUAUCCCAUCUAACAGAUGACAGCAAAGGUGCAGAGAAAGGGGAAGUGGCGGGAUCACAUGACCAGCAGUUACCAACACACCAACCAAUCACAAUUGAGGAUCUAGGUCUUGUGAUACUGAACGAGGAUCACCUGACGACUCUCGCUAUAGCAUGCAGAUCCGAGUCCGCUUCUCAGCAACUUAUAACUUCUGGGUUUCUAGCAAUUCUUACACAGGCUCUUGUAGAAUUUUGUGAGCAUGAGUUCUUUCGAAGCCAAUCAGAGUCUCUCCAGAGCACAUCACUCCACUCGUUGAAGUCUCCACGUGGAAACAGACAAAAACAUCGGACCGACUCUGUCUCGUCUGAUUAUGUGACAUUAACUGCUGAUCUUGUAGCCCCCGUUUUGAAUUUCUUUGGAGAAGUAUCGCAUGAACCAGCUAUGAAGGAAUGGUUGGGAGGAGCUGAAGGGAAUGUCUUCUGGAAGGCACUGUUAAACCUCUUGUGUAACAACUCUGCAAACGAGUGUCAAGCCCAGACGGUAUCAUCCAGCCGGAAAAAAUCCACAGUUCUUACCUCACAGCAACGAUCAUCAAUUGAGAAUGCUGCCAUUUCUUUCUUCAGCAAGACUAUUGCUUGCCACUCAGAGAACCAGAGGAAGUUAGCAGAGGUUAUUUGUGAUGUCAUCUGCUAUAAGAAUGGUCCAAGUGGCAGUAGUCUAAUUACUGGUUUCACCAGAAGACUCAUCCUGCAGUUAAUGUUGGAGGAUGAGAAGAUUCUGCUUCACCUGAAGUCUGCUUGCCAUCUGUACAAGCCACGCACUGCCGCACCAACUGGGCUACAGCAUCCACGCUUCGGAACUGGACAUAAAUUUAGAACUAUUGAAGUUGAACUUAUCGACUCAAUCAGCAAAAUUUUAUCUCAAGUGUCUGAUACUCCUUCACUGACAGCAAAAUUCCUUGAAAAGGAAAUUGAAAAGCAAAAACCAUUAACAGACAAGCUGUCUCUACCAUCCUUACUGGAAGAUAUCACGAAGAGCAAGCUAAAGAAAGUAGCAGGGAAGGCUGAUUCAGGGUCAAAGGUUACAACUAAAACACCUGGUACAGAUUCCAAAUCCGAAACCAAUGGAAAGGACAGUAGUUCAGCUUAUAUAAGGCCCCCAACCAGAAGAGGACGUUUGGGAUUAAGUAGAGAAUCCAUGAGCAUCCCCACGUUAUCCUUGCAUCAUUCGAUGUUUCCCAACCAGGCCCUGCCACACAAACUCACGCUAGGCCAGCUGAUGGUCUUGUUGAAGCAGAGGGGUUUAAAUUCAGCAGCAUCUCACCUACAUUUUACAAUGAAGCUGACAGCUAAAUCAAUAUCAGCCCUUCAAGGGAGCUCAUCUAAGAUGGGUAGCAUUGAUGAUUCUUUAUCGGAUAAGUCGCAAGAAAGUGAUGUCAUUCCUGAAGCCAUCCUGUUGGACACGCCAGCAAUCCCAUCAUUUCUGCACGUGUUUGCCAGUAUGGGCGGCUUAGCACUCAUUGCAGAACAUCUUCCCAUGCUCUACUCGGAAACACCGCAUCCCGAGGUUGCUACUACUAGUUCCGUUAUUGAGAAGAACGCUGAUGACAAUAUCAAGGGCGAAUGGCUACCGGCGGACAUUGGCGGAAUGGAAUCUGGAAUUGAAGAAAACUGGUUUCAGUACAUGGAGGAGGCAAAUCAAGGAGGUAGCUCUUCGUACAAUGCAAUACCAUUAUCAUCUGCAACAGCCCACCUAGGCCAUAACACAGCCAUCCCAGCACAUUCCCUAGCAGCUUUUGGGCUGUUUCUAAGACUGCCUGGUUAUGCAGAGGUCUUGCUCAAAGAACACAAGAAGGCUCAGUUCCUAUUAAGGCUAAUUCUUGGGGUUACUGAUGACGGAGAAGGGGGACACAUAUUAUCAUCUCCUCAAGCUUCAUGUUUACCGACCCUACCAUUCUCCAUCUUGAUCACCCUCCUUCACGGAUCCCCACUGACCACGGAUGACGGAGUCCUGUUGCGUCGUAUGACCCUUGACAUUGGGGCCUUGCAUCUAGUGUUAGCUUGCAUGUCUGUGUUAAGUCACUAUGGACCCCGGGUGACAGUUCCAGCAACAUCGUCUGAGGCAUCUGGUAAUGUGAAUGGUGUCGGUAAUGUAGCAUCCUCUGAGAAUGAGAAGAGCCAGAACUACUGGGCAAAAGGUACAGGAUUUGGGACAGGCUCAACAACCUCUGGAUGGGAUGUAGAACAAGCACUUAACAAACAAAAGGUAGAAGAGGAACAUGUCACCUGUCUAUUACAGGUUCUGUCAGCAUUCAUUAACCCCAGUGGUCAAGCAGAAUCUAAAGAGGAUGCCUCAGAGGGUAUGACAGAAGACCAGUUAGUAGCAGUCUUUCCACCAGUCUUUGUCAAGCUUUUAAGCCAUUCUUGUCUAUUCCCUGCCAUCUCGUCUUACUUAAGAAAUGAUUCUGUUUUAGACAUGGCCAGACAUAUACCAUUAUACUGUGCAGUAUUAGAACUACUGAGGGCGCUUGCAUCUUGUCCAAAUAUGGUCGAAUUACUGCUACCCUUACCAGACCAUGAUGAUGAAAAACCUACUACCACAACAUGCAUCACAAGCCUCCUAGAGAGCCUCAAAGCUUGUGUGGACACCUAUACCUCAAAGCUACAAUUGAACAAAGAUAGUAAAACUCCUCGAAAAAAUAUCAAGGACCUUGCAUCAUCAGUCAAUGACGACCCAGAAACAGAAGGCUUGACACUCUUGGUACCUGACAUCCAGAACACAGUUGAGAUUGUAAGGAAAGCAACAAAGAAGUACAAAGUAUCAGAUAAUGUAGACAGUGCUGGUGCAAUGGUAUCUAUGCCUCUAUCAAUAGCAUCUUCACCAGAGGAGAGAUACUGCGCUGUUAUGAAAACUCUCCAGUUUGACACAUAUCGAAUGGUAAGUGAGGACGAAAAUGGUAAAACGAAGUUCAACAUCCCACAUCACUAUUCGUCAAGCAUCAAUCUAUCUGGUAACGUAAAGAAUCCGAAGCGAGCCAGGCGGCUUGCUCAAGAGGCUGUCACAAUCUCCACCUCGUUGCCACUGUCAGCAAGCUCGAGUGUGUUCGUCAGAUGUGAUGAGGAGCGGUUGGACUUGAUGAAGGUGUUAAUAACAGCUCCAUGUGAUACGCCGUAUGCAAAUGGAUGUUUUGAGUUCGAUGUUUACUUUCCAUCUGACUAUCCAACCUCACCUAUGCAAAUUAAUUUAGAGACAACAGGUCAACAUAGUAUCCGGUUUAAUCCAAAUCUUUACAAUGACGGAAAAGUUUGUCUAAGUAUAUUAAAUACAUGGCAUGGACGCCCAGAAGAGAAAUGGAAUCCAAACACAUCAAGUUUCUUACAGGUGCUAGUCUCAAUCCAGUCACUCAUUCUGGUCUCAGAACCAUAUUUUAAUGAGCCUGGAUAUGAGAGAUCAAGAGGAACCCCAGCAGGCACUCAGAGUUCCCAUGACUACGACGCUAAUAUCAUGCAAGCAACUGUAAGAUGGGCCAUGCUGGAAAUGGUCCGCAAUCCACCACUUGUUUUCAAAAAUGUAAUACAGAAUCACUUCUACUUGAAGAAAGCAGAAAUUAUGGCGCAAUGCGAAGAGUGGGUGUCGUUACUUACAAGGUAUUGUAGUAAUAAACGUGUUGGUAAGACGAUGGCUCAUCACCUGACAACAUUGAAGAGACAUACAGCACAACUACGAGAAGAACUAAAAAAGUUAAAACCACCAAAAAACCUGCUGGAAAGUGAUAAAGGCGAAAAACCUGAACCGUUGCCAACACCAGUAUCAACACAGGAGUCAACAUCACAUUUGUCAAAGGAGAAAACAGAUGAACAAGCACAAGAAACAGUUACCAAAGACCUAAAGGCGGAAAAGGAAACUAUAGAGCAAGAGGCACCAAACCCCUAUUUGCAGGCAGCAUACAAAUCGAUCUCCAAAGUGGAGAACUCAUUUCCUAGUAGCAUGAUUGACGAUGACUUUUUGAGCAUUGAAGAACCUCCAUUUGGAUUCGACGAAGUGGAUUUUUGACGUCAUUUACUAGAGAUAUAGGUUUUAUAUGAUAUACUCUUGCCCAGUAUAUGCUGCAGAUAUAAUAUUGGGUAACAUUUAGAUGUGUGUAUGUGUGUGUGGUAAGUGUUUGUGUGAGAUAAGACUUCCAGAAUAUUAAGUUUUGAAUAAUUUUCAUGCCUUUUUUUUUUUGCAAUACUACUGUGCAGUUGUGUACUAUGAGAAUGUUUUUUUUCUUUAGUAAAUAACAUUAUUCAACAAUUCAAGAUUGAAUUAGGCCUGUUCGUAUACAACAUUUUUUUUGUUCAGCUGAAUUUUAAUUUGUGAAAAUGACUUCUAUUAAUUUUCAAAACAUUAUAAUAAAGAAAUAUUUAGAUGUUUGUAUAUUCCUUGUACAGUAAUUAGUGCAUAUUGUUAUAAGUAAACCAAGGAAUAUCAAAUCUUUAGUCUUAUUAAAAAAAACAUUGGAGCAAGGAUAUAUUAAUAUAAUGAAUAUAACCUGACCAAUUUAGGACAAAUCUGGAAUGCCCAGUUAGAUUAUACAUAUAAUGAACCUUAUUUAAUUAUUAUCUUGGCAAAUUUAAUAUCUGUGUGUAUGUUUAUCAAAUUAUCUUUAUCAUUAUUGAAAUAGAAAUGAGGCUAUAGUUUCCCGAGUGAUGAUGGCUAUAAAAACGUAUAUUACAUUAAUUUGUUUUGUUUGUUCAAAUUCCUUGUUUUCAGCUCAUGAAAGUGUUUUUUAACUACAGUAUAUUCAAUUUAAUAAAUUUACUGUACUGUACUUGGAAAUUUCUGAAAAAAGAACAUGCCUUCCUCCCACCACCAACUUUAGAAGGUUAAAAAUGCUACACUAUGCAUGCUUUAAUAGAUAACUAUAUGUAAUUCUGAAAUUUUAAUGAACAAAGUACAAAACAGAUUGCAUUAAUAUUCCAGCUGCUGGCUAGGCCUAUUCUGCCCAGACCUCCCUAUACCUCCUCUGUGUUGUGAGGUCUUGGCUAGACAUCCAGUCUCACUAUUUUUUUUGUAUUUGAUAGUUCUCAGGUAUAGGCCCAUUGUCAAAUGUGUUAAGGGGCAAACUUUGGUUAGCUUAUACCAAAGGAACAUCAUUUUGCAUGAAAUCCAGUGUAUAGUUAAGUGUUUUUUUUUUAUGUUAAGAUUUUUUCUUGACAAUCGAUGACUUGGGAAAAAAAACCCAAUUCUUUAUGAUACUGUACAUGUAUAUUGAUUUAAUUAAGUUUACAACUAGCUUGUAUAUAGAUAUAUCAUAUUCAUAGAGAUUUCAACAGUGUAAUUUAAAGAAAUUUAAUCUUGAUAAUACUUUAGUACCCCAGAGAUUAUUUAAUCCCAAUCUAUUGCUUCUUGUAUUUUGUGGAAUUAAAUGCAAAAUAUUGAUAACAUGACCAGAGAAAAUCAACCAUUCUAGAACUGCUUAAGAAAGGCUGGAUAUAUUAUUAUUAUUAAAGUAUUACUCGGUGAAAGCAUGAAAUUACUUUGUAUGUAAAAGCAUCAGUGUAGUGCCCAUUCAUACACCUGCAUAAUCCAUCAGUUAAAAAAGUAGGUCUUCUCUACCUGUCUGAGCAGGUUUUUCAUCAGGAAACAAAUUAUUAAGACCUUUCCACAUAGCCUGCUGACAAUACAGACAGUGCAUGGAAUAUGUGGGCUAUCUUAUAAAUGCCAAAUGCAUAUCGCAUAAUUGAAACCUAAGUAAAGUAUAUUGUGUGAAUUUUUGUUGUCCCAUUUCUUUUUUAAUCUUGUUUUUGGGGCAUGGAAAUCAAUAAGUGCCUGAUAUUUAGAAAUUGCUAUAUCUUAAUCAAAAAGAUAAACAUAACUUUUGCAGUCAAUAAUACUAAUUGCACCUCAGAAUUUUUAAUUAUAUUAUUGUUGUGAUGGGUGACAGAGUGCUCAAUAUUAUUUUUAUUUAGGCAUCAUAAAAAAAAAAAUCAGAUUUAUUAAACGAUUAAUGUUUGUACCACAAAAUGUUGUAGAAGUUAGUUUGUGAAGUUGUAUUAUAUAAAGAAGAAAAAACAGUGUACAGUAAUAAUAAAUUUCAUUAUUCAAAAAAACGGUGAAAAGUUUUAUAGCAAACAAUGAAUGUAUAGGUAGGUUAAAUUGUUGAUUCAGUUGUAUUGUACAAGACAGGUACAAUAAAUAUUGAAAUAAAGCUGAAAUUCAAGGCAUAUAAA